AUGUGUUUAGCAGCCUUUAGUGGGGGCGAUGACGCUCGAGAGCUAACAGUGUGUUUGGGAAUGAUCUUCGUUUUUGGUUUCUUAAAUAACUUUCUUGUUCUCUUGGUCUUCGCCCGCUUCAACUUAAUGCUGCUGAACAUCAGUGUGAGUGACAUGUUUGUGUUUCUGGCACACCUCAGUUUCGCCGCGUCCGUCUGCGGCUGGUGUCUGACUGGAGAUGACGGCUGCACGUAGUAUGGUUUUUCCAACGCACUUUUCGGUAUUGUUUCACUGGUAUCCCUUGCUGUGCUGUCUUACAAGUGUUACAGCACCAUCCUCUGCUAUUCCAAAGCAGAUAUGUAUUACUAUAGGAAGGCCUGGCUUUCCAUCACUGGCUGCUGGCUGUACUCUCUUGUGUGGACAGUGCCACCACUUUUUGGAUGGAGCAGUAAUGGUCCUGAGUAUCCUGGAACCACCUGUUCAGUCCAGUGGAACCAGCAGUCUCUGGAAACCAAGUCAUAUGUCAUCUGCGUUUUUGUCUUCUGUCUGCUGCUGCCUCUUCUACUUAUGGUCUACUGCUACAGAAAGAUCCUCAUUGCCGUUCAUGGGGUUGCUAAGAUCAACCAGACAGUUGCUCAGAGGAGGGAAAUGCACAUGCUGGUGAUGGUGGUUUCCAUGGUGUCCUGUUACCUCCUCUGCUGGAUGCCGUAUAGGGUUAUGGCAUUGCUUGGCACGUUUAGAGUUGGCAUUGUCAGCCCCACAGCCAGUGUGGUGUCUUUCAUACUAGCAAAGAGCAGCACUGUUUUGAACCCUAUCAUCUAUAUUCUGUUCAAUAAUCAGUUAUACAGGUGCUUUAUAGAUUUAGUAAGGUAUGGACCAGAACCUCCAGGCCAUCUCAUCCUGCACACACCACCCAACAGAACUGCAUCCCAAUGA